UUUUAACCUUGAAAAAACCUUAAUAAAAACUGAAUGCGUCUAAACACAAUAUUUACAAUAGAAGAAAAUUUGACUCAGAGAGGAAAAGAGAUUUAAAAUGAAUAGCAAUACAUUUUGAAACAAAAUUAGUUGAAAUUAAGUCUUUUGAACAUUGCUCAUGGUAGUAAAAAUGUUGCUAUUCUGGCUGCACUAUAUAAACGUGUAAAACAUUAGAUUCGUUCAAAAAAAAUUUCUUAACACUGCAAAAAGUGGUCAUCGUUUUUCAUAUUAACUUUGUUUGCUAAGACAUCUUCUAGUACUAAAUGUUAAUUAAAAGUAUUCGGGUAAAAUACGUGUUGAAAUCAACAACAUUUCUACCACCUUGCUUUAACAAAGUUUUGGAUAAGAGUUAUUUCGUACGAUUUUGGAAUUACGGAAGUAAUUUUCAGAGGAGGAAUCAAAGUUACGUUUUUGAUAGCUUUACCUCAGAAAUGGAAAACUUGGAUACAAAUAUAACUCAAAAUGAACUUUGUAACAAAAAUGGUUCUUCAAAUAAACUUUCGGAAAAUCAAAAUAAAGGUGUGUGGAUAUUUGGUUACGCGUCUCUUAUGUGGAAUGCUAACUUCAAAUAUUCAAAAUCGCGUAUAGGUUACAUAAAAAAUUUUGUAAGAAGAUUUUGGCAAGGCAGCACAGAUCAUAGAGGAGUUCCAGGAAAACCUGGCAGAGUUGCAACUUUAAUUCCAACUGAGAGGGACAAGCACAUUGUUUGGGGCAAAGCAUACUUCAUUGAACCAGCAGACGUUCAAGAAACGUUCGAAAUAUUGGAUUAUCGAGAAAAAGGAGGAUAUUCCCAACAAAUAUGCGACUUUUAUCCGCGCGAAAACGAAGAAGCUGUAAUACCCGUUGUUGUUUACAAUGCGGUGGAAGGUAAUGAGAAUUUCCUCGGUGAAGCAUGUAUUGACGACAUAGCGAAACAAAUUAGUAAAUCAGUUGGACCGAGCGGUCCAAAUAAAGAUUAUUUAUACAAGCUGUGUGAAACUCUAAAUGAGUUCGACAUUGCUACAGAAGACGAUAAGAUGCACACAAUGGAAUUAAAUAAGCUCGUAAAAAAUAUACUAGGCGAUUAAAUGUAUGAUGACAAUCUGAUGAAGAAAGAAUAAGUAAAAAAUA